AUGUUGUAUUGGGGCUAUGAGAAGGAUGGGCUUAUAAUAAAUGAUCUCUAUCGGUUGAUUAGGAAAAUAGGCUGUGGAUCCUUUGGAGUUAUAUACCUGGGUGUGAAUCAGAAGAAUGGAGAGGAAGUUGCUGUGAAAGUAGAGAGGAAUUCUGCGCGACAUCGACAAUUGGUAUAUGAAAGCAAAAUCUAUCGUAUUCUUAACGGUGGCAUAGGCAUUCCUCGCUUAAGGUGGUGUGGAAGUCAGUUCGAUCACUACUUUUUGGUGAUGGAUUUACUGGGACCGAGUCUCGAGGAUUUGUUUUUGUUCUGCGCUAGACGUUUUACCAAUAAGACGGUGCUUAUGCUUGCCGACCAAAUGCUGUCCCGUGUUGAAUUUCUUCAUCGGCGGUGUUUCGUCCACAGGGACAUUAAACCUGAUAAUUUUCUCAUGGGGAUUGGUCGUCAUUGCAACAAGCUUUAUAUAAUUGAUUAUGGUCUAGCAAAACGCUAUUGUUCCUGGAACAAAGGGCGACAUAUUGAAUAUAGGUUGAAUUCGUAUUGUAUUUCUAUUGUUCUUAGGGAUGAUAAGAACCUUACAGGGACUGCAAGAUACGCGAGUAUCAAUGCACACCUUGGAAUAGAACAAUCUCGAAGGGAUGAUUUGGAGUCUCUUGGUUAUGUACUUAUGUAUUUUAAUCGUGGAAGUCUACCGUGGCAAGGUCUGCGGGGAAAUACAAAACGCCAAAAGUAUGAAAGGAUAAGUGAAAAGAAAAUUUCAACACCGGUGGAAACACUCUGCAAAGGCUUUCCAGCUGAAUUUGCUAUGUACCUGAAUUAUUGUCGUAGCCUUCAGUUUGAUGAAGCUCCAGAUUACUUGUACCUCCGCCAGCUCUUCCGCAUUCUCUUUCGGACUCUCGGGCACAAAUUUGAUUUCCUUUUCGAUUGGACACUAUUGAAAAGGCAUUCCGAGAAGCCAGGGGCCUCGACCGCUGGUGGAGCUGUUGCCGGUCCCGCAGAGAAUCUCGUCGAGCCCCCUAAGACAUCGCAGACCAAUGAAGCGAUGGCUACCAAUCCCAUCGAGUCCAAGUCCGCUCAAGUCGACAACCUAACAGGUGUGCCUUCUGGUAAUAAUACUCCCCCGGUGGGGGAUAACACCCUACUCGCCGAUCUGAUCGAUAAAGCCAUCAAAUCGUAUAUGGACAGUUUAAGAGCUUGA